AUGGAGAAUGGGACGCUCCAGGAACUGCUCACACUGUUCGAGGAAGAAGAGCACCGGUCCGGUGAUGGGGACGCCGAGGGACCAGAGCGAUCGAUGAGUGUAGCGAGCAAGUUGGCAGUGCUGCCCGAAAUUCCCACAAACAUUAUUGUUGGUAAAAAUUUGCUCCUUUUGUGCGAUUGGCCACCAGGACUUCUUUUCUGCGAGGAUCCGUUGCCUUGCGCUUACAAUGUAGUGCCAAAAUCUCCCGGGCAUUCGACGCAGACUCGACGUCUUGUUCCCAUCGAUUUCGACUGCCCGGCAAAUAACGAUGAGAACGCGCCCGGUGAAAUUGUGAGCAGCGCUUUGAUGCAUACCGGUGACACGAGUUCCAGUGAGGAUGAAUAUGAACGGAAUCAUGACGAACAUUCCGGUCUCACCGCCUAUGGACGUGCUAUUAAACGCGAGCUUGCUUGGGCAGCUAAAAAUAAAUGCGAAUGCAGGCCUGAAGAUUCGAAAAUUAAGAAAAAACUGGAGCAGCGCGCAAAUCGUGUUGCGCUUCAGGAGAAAGCCCAACAGACAGCGAAGGUCUUAGAAGCAAGCGCGAAAGAUGCCUGUUCUGUCUACGACUCGUAUUUCGCUAUUAGAAUCAAAAAUCCUCGGCUUCCAGUAGAGUCGUUUCGCAUAUUCACGGAUGGCAUACGAAAAAUUCGUGUGAGCCAGCUAAAACCGUGCGCGCAUGAUAACGAUGAUGUGCAAAAUGUAUUGGUUGCUUUUUUGGUUUGUCUGCAAAUGAAGCCAGUUAUCAUAAGUGAUAAAUUUGAGUAA